CGAAGUCGAUUGUCCGGGGAGGUGCAGAGAUGCAAGAUCAAGAGACACCGCACGUUUGGGGCUUUGGGCAAAGGAAACGGAUGAAGCGAUGGGUAUAUUCGUCGGCCCGGCCCAAACGAGUCCAGAGCCCAGUGGAUGGUGGUUCACAUUGUCAAAGCCCAUCCACCGACAUGUGGGACCGGAUGAUACUAGGCCCACCUGUCAGUUGACGUACGUUUUUUCGAGCACAGUACACAAACCUUUUUGGACCUUUCUCUGCCACCAGACGCGCACGGGCACCCCGGGGCCACCUGCCAGCGUCCCUCGCCCGCCCCGCGACAAGCGGACGCCGGUCAGGGACCCGCACCCGCCUCCGCCUCCGCCUCGGCCGCUGCUGCUGCCGCUACCGCCACCGCCGGCGACGACGAUGCCCCGCGCCGCUACGGGCGCGAUCGCCGCGGCGUUCCUGCGAGCGCAGGCCCCGCACAUGGCGCCGCCGGCGUCGCGCAUCGCGCGCGCGUUCCCCGGCCUCGCCACCGCCGCCGCGACGCGCUUCGCUCCCUCCUCGUUCGCGUCCUCGCCGCGGCUUGCUCUCCACCCGCGCCUCCGAUCCGCGCGCUCCUUCUACAGCGGCGUCGCCCGUGCGUCUUCCGGUGGCGGCACCGUUUCUGGCUCCUUGACGUCGGAGGAGGACCAGCGGCUGCAGUCCGAGCUCAUCUUCCUCGGCACGGGCACCAGUGAGGGCAUCCCGCGCGUCAGUUGCCUCACCCAUCCCACCAAGACUUGCCCCGUUUGUAGCAAGGCGGCUGAGCCAGGGAACCCGAAUAGGAGGCGCAACACCUCUAUCCUUCUGCGCCACGCCACCCCGUCUGGCACCACCAACAUCGUUGUUGAUGCCGGCAAGUUCUUCUACCACUCGGCACUCCAGUGGUUCCCCACGUUUGGUUUGAGGACGAUCGAUGGUGUCAUUAUUACCCAUUCUCAUGCUGAUGCCAUUGGAGGGCUUGACUGUCUUCGUGAUUGGACGAACAAUGUUCAGUCAUCAAUUCCAAUUUAUGUGGCAGAACGUGAUUAUGAGGUGAUGAAGAUGACCCACUAUUAUCUGAUCGACACAAGUGUAGUUAUACCUGGAGCGGCAGUUUCAGCAUUGCAAUUCAACAUUAUAAAAGAGGAACCAUUUAUGGUUCACAAUCUUGAGGUGAUUCCUUUACCUGUUUGGCACGGUCAGGGUUACCGCUCGCUUGGUUUUCGUUUCGGUGAUGUAUGCUAUAUAAGUGAUGUCAGUGAUAUACCUGAAGAAACAUACAAGCUUCUGGAAAACUGUGAACUUCUUAUAAUGGAUGCUCUAAGACCUGAUCGUUCUUCAUCAACACACUUUGGACUACCAAGGGCCCUUGAGGAAGUUAGGAAAAUCAAACCAAAGAAAACACUCUUUACUGGAAUGAUGCAUUUGAUGGACCAUGAGAAAGUAAACAGUGAUCUUGCCAGGCUGAUGGAAACAGAGGGUCUUGAUAUCCAGCUUAGUUAUGACGGUCUCAGCAUACCUGUAAGGCUCUAGAAUUAUUAUUAUUAUUGGAACAAAUGCAUUGUUUCAUGAGUUGGGUGCUGCUAAUUUGAUUAUUUCGGAGUCUCUUUAGUAGUUUAGUUCCAGCUGAGUAAAAUGAUGAGCAGAUGUAAUCUGUUGAGCUCUCGAUGCAUUGCGAUUUUCCUUUUCAUUCUUCCCCCUCAAAGAGGAAACUUAUGUAGCAAAGUUACACCAAACACUUUCUGAGGCAAUAAAGUCAGAUUAUUGAAUUUGUGAA